ACCUUCUGAUGUUUAUGCCUUUGGUAUAAUUGCUUAUUUUCUAUUUACUGGUGAAUUCCCUUUUAGAGGAAAUUAUGGCUCAGGACGAAAAAAAGUUAGAGGAAAAGUAAUUAGUGGAAACUGGCUAAAAUUUCAAGAAAAUGUCAAUUUACCAUCAUUAUUAAUGGAAUUGAUUAAACAUUGCUGUGAUCGUGAUCCAUCUAAGCGUCCUACAGCCUUUAAAUUAGGAGUUAUUACAGAAGCUUGGUCAAUGGACAUUGGAAGUUGA